GUUCUGACAUAAACACGUUUAAAUUUUGUGUUGAAUCAGAGCAAAACUUUCUGGGCUGCGACCCAAGCGUUAGCCAAGGACAUGGCGUGCCUGCAAUCUCUGAAGCUUGAAAUUAAAACGCUGAAGCAAAUGUUUCCAAAGACUCACGCACGCUUUCAGAUACACAACGCCACCUUGGACGAGCUGCUCUGCAGAUUUAUUGAUAAGAAUGGCAAACACUAUGACAUCCAUGCGAACAUAAUGGAAACGUAUCCGUCAACACCACCAGUCUGGUUUUCCGAGUCCGAUGAGCAAAGCGUUAUAAAUGCCGUGCAAAUUUUAGGCACCACAGAAGGGCGGGACAAUCAUGUAAUCUUGCAGGUUGGGAUGCUGCUGCGCGAAUUGUGCCUAUGCCACAAGGUUCCUGUUCCCAGUGAUAUUGAUGACUUGACGGUGCCAAUUGAAUCGCAACCAAAAGUCAUUUCCCAUGAGGCGAUUGGUGAUUCAAAUUUCGAGCAGAACGAAUUGCUCGAUCUGGAACCCAACAGCGAAAGCGAGUCAGAGACCGAGUGUGAUGAGAGUGUCCCAUUGGAAUUAGAAGAUUUGCAGAUAGUAAACGAAAAUGAUGGUAUUGAUCAGGAGCAUUUGGAUACUCUAAAAGCGCUGCGCACAAAAUUAAGACAGAAAUAUGCGGAAGCUGCCGAUACUGGAUCUGUGCUGGCCAGCGAUCGCCUAAUGAAGGAACUUCGCGAUAUUUAUCGAUCAAAAGUAUUCAAACAGAAAACAUACUCAGUCGAGCUGGUCGAGGACUCUAUUUACAAUUGGAAUAUUUGCUUGAACUCUGUAGAUUCCGAUAGUCCACUACAUAGCGAUCUGUUGAAGCUCAAAGAAAAUGAGGGUACGGAUUAUAUUCAGUUGAAUGCAUUGUUCAGCGACAAAUAUCCGUUUGAGCCACCCUUUGUCCGGGUCGUGCAUCCAGUUAUCUAUGGCGGCCAUGUGCUGAUCGGCGGUGCCAUAUGCAUGGAGCUGCUGACCAAGAAUGGCUGGAGCUCCGCCUACAAUGUCGAGGCAGUAAUAUUGCAAAUUGCCGCCACACUGGUCGAGGGCAAUGCGCGCAUCAAUUUUCACUCAACUGAGAACAUAUCCCGGACCGAGAACAGUUUGGCCCGUGCUCAGCAAAGCUACAACUCGAUGUUGAGAGUUCACGAGCAUUUUGGUUGGUUCACCCCUCCAAAGAAUAGUGGUUAAGCUCGACCAGCUGUUUAAUAGUACGUUUCUCUGAGGAGUAUACCAACAACAAAAAAUUAUUUGUACACAUUUUAAGCCAGACAAACUAUCAAAAGCAAUUGCGAGCUAUUUUCAAUACUUACACUAUAAACGUUUAUAUUCAGUUCUGCCUUGUACCAAUAUUAUAUUGUAUUAUACCAUAUGAUAUAUAAUUCCACUCAAUACAUAAUUGACGUAACAUUGAUCAUCUGUACAAAUUGCAAGGUCAAUUUAGAAGCACGUGAGAAAUAUUCAGUGUAACUAUCCCAAAUAAAAGGUAUUUAC